AUACCUCUUCCUCCAAUUGGACCGACUCUUCUUUAUGGAGGCACUGUUAAAUUUUAGGGAACAUUCAUUAAAUCAAUAUACCCGUAGAAAACACCGAUAAAUAUCACAGAAAUAUGAACAAGACUAUCUACGUCAUAAAACAAAAGAGAAAAGCGACUAAGCCUAUGAUAUUAUCCAAAAUGCAAUCUUGAACAACUUCAGAUAUGUGUAAAAAUUCGUCCACAAAACAUCUCGCUUUAUUGCUAAACAAGAUUUUUUGUUAAUUUCUGGUUACCUCAUGUUUGAAAAAAAAUCUAUUCCUUGAGAUUUUCUUAUUGAUCCCAUAUACGGAACCAAAAAUUAUUAGGAAAUAUUAGAAUAAGUUAAUUAUGUCUUCUGCUUGGAGUCAGCUGGAACAACUCCUCACCUGUGCUAUCUGUCUAGAUAGAUACAGAAACCCUAAGCUUUUACCAUGUCAGCACACAUUUUGUAUGGACCCAUGCUUAGAGGGUCUUAUAGAUUAUGCCCGCCGGCAGAUAAAAUGCCCGGAAUGCCGAGCAGAACACCGAAUCCCCUAUCAGGGUGUUCAGACUUUCCCCACAAAUGUCACUUUGAUGAGAUUUUUGGAGCUUCAUAGAAAUGUAACUGGGGAAGAGCCUGAACCUCCACCAUCUAUGAUGGAACGCUGCACAGUGUGUAGUGAGAAAGCCUAUGUCAACAAGUGUGCCCACUGCGACAAGAAGGUCUGUGAUGAGUGUAGGGAAGCACACACAGAUAUUCUUAGGCGAGAUAUUAGUCGAAUUAACAAUCAGGUAAAAAGGGGGCUUCAUCGGUUAUCUGAUGCUUUGACCCUGACACAGAGCAACACAGAAAAACUUGAACAGAAUUGUGCUAAGGUGAAAGAUGAUAUAGAGGAGCUGGUUCGUCGUUACACUAAGGAUCUGAAGGACACAGAAGAGAAACUUCUCAUAGAAAUAGACGCGUAUUUGGAGACUGAAGUACGCCAGAUGAAACAAUUAAAAGAUGGGCUUGAAAUUGAAGUAGAAAAUUUAAACAGUAACAGUGAAAUUAUAGGAACGUACAUCAAUGAUGACAUGGAGUGGACAGAUGCUGAACUUGUAGAAUAUAAAGAAAUAUUCUUAAAAACUUUAGAAUUUAUACGAAACUUUGAAGCAGAUACCUCUGACUAUGCUCGUCGUGUCAAAUUCCAACUUAGAACUGAUCCCGAUGUUCUACGCCAAACACUGAUAGGUUUUGGAGAGUUAAACAUUAGCUCCCUAACUGUUAUGCCUUCUGGUACAACGUCUCCGCCAUUUUCUAAUGCAUUGAUGAGAAGUCAGAGUGAUCAUCGGCUAGCUAGUCAGUUUCAGCGUCGCCAAGAAUGCAGAUCAUUACUAGACAUCAACAGGGGAAUAGGAGGUCACACUAGUGACUCUGAGAGAGAUGGGAGAGAAACUAGCUAUGGCCGAAAUCGACGAGACUAUUCAGAAAUAAAUAAUUAUCGGCGUUUUGGAGAAAGAAAAGAUUAUGACUCAUCUGACCGUGAAAGAAGUAGAAGUAGGUUUUUAAGGGACGAAAAUAGCCUUUUGUCCCACAAAAACUGGCGAGAUUCAGAUGCAGAUAUUUCUACUUAUCGGUCCCGGUUUACCAAAGAUCACUCUGAUGAAGGUCAUGAGCCAGAGGCGUCUACUGGACGAAGUGUGCGAUUUGAAGAUCUUCCUGAACAACAAGACAAACUCUUUGAAAAGGAAGAUGUCACCAAAGGACCCUUAAGUGGUGUAAUAAAACUGAUAGAUUCUCCUUAUUUCAUGGAAAGACUCCAUCAAAAUGAAGUUCGUCAGAAACAACACCAACAAGAGAAAGAGCAUCAAGAGACAGAACAAGCCAACCUAGCACCCAUCAGCCGUGUUCCUAUUGUUCCACAAAGACAGACUUCACGCCAGCUCAGUGAAGAUGAAAUUGAAAGGCAAAAAAAACAAAAUCAAGCAGCAGCUGCUUCUCCCCAGACAGCAACAGUAACAGUUGCACCUCUUGUAUCACCAGCUUCUCCUACUCCUUUAGUCAGUCCACCAUCUACACCUACCAACCUUGACUCUCCAAUCAGACCCCUAUCAAGAAGAGUUGCAGCACUUCAGAAAAAUGAUGCAUUAACAAACAGACCUAGAAGUCCAGAAUCCCCACAGGGCGUUCAUAGGUCAGGAACGUCGUCUCCAGAUAGUUCUACUGAAACUAGCUUAUCAUCACGACAAAGUUCUCAACAAGAGGAAGUUGCAGAAUCCCCACCUUCUCGUCCAGCAAGAAGGCGUACAGGAAGUUUAUCAAUAGAACAAGAGACUGGAAGACCAGAAGAUACAACACGUGCACCUAAUUAUCCUUCACGUCAGCGUGAAGCCAUCAAGCCAUUGUCCAGGUCUGUCCGGCCACUGCUGGGGAAGAGUCAGUCAUCAGAUAUUGAAGAACAGCAAGUCAUUCCACCAACAACAAACUCCACCUCUCGAAACAAAGGUGUUUUGUUAGGGAGAGCGUCUACAUUAGAUAAGAAAGAAGAUGAACGAAAAACUCCAGUUCAGUCUUCUUUUUAUGGGCGACUAGUGAGCCAGCGAGUCUCUACAAACCCUGAAGUCCAUGAAGAAGAAGAAGAGGAGGAUAGUGACACAGAAAGUGAAAGUGAGGUGAGCAGCACAGAAACAGAGAGUGAAGAACAGGCCGAAACAAAAAUAACAAAUGUUCGAGAAAGCAGCCCGAGUGUCACUGCACUUUUGUCUCGAAGUGCACAAAUUCGUCGAGAAAGCAACGAUUCGUCCAAGAAAGAGACAGCUGCGGCUGUUAGUUCCCGUUUUUCUCAAUAUGCUAGAGCUAAAGAAGAAGAAGAGAAAAACCGUGAAGUUAGAAGAAACAGUAUGAUCCGUGACGAAGAACCUAAUCCUCAAAAUAAGUAUGGAGUUCUAAGAAAGAGACCAGUUGUUGAAGAUGAAACUGGGGACAGCGCUUCUCUGUACAGCCGCUACUUGUCACGUAGUCGCAGUUCAGCAGGGCUUGGAGAGUCGGAAAGUAACCAUGAUGAAAACCGUGAGAACUCCUCACGAGGUAUUUCUGACCAUUAUUGUCGUGACUCACGCUUUGGAAGUAAUUAUCGCCGCAGUAGAAUUGCCCGUAGCAAAAGCUCAGCUGAUAUUGUUGCAGGUGAGGAAAGUCCAGAGGAAGAAUUGCCAUCAUAUAAAAGUAAAGCCGACAAACUCGAAGAUGGUACUGGUCGCUCAAGGAACAUUACCAGUCAAAAGUUCAAAGAUGACAGUCCUCCCGAGGAUGAUACUCCAAAUGGAUCCAGUUCCUGGGCACUGUAUCUGCGUAACAAAUAUGGAUCCAGGUCAUCAACAGGUCCCAGUAGAUCUGUUAUACGAAGCCGCAGUUCCCAUAGCCUGUAUUCCAGAAGUGAUAGUGAUAACAGUUCAGACGAAGAGUCACCAAGUUGUCACAAUCAAGAAUCGCCACCAUCCAGAGCUGGUAACAACCAGUCUUAUUCAUUCAAUUUUCCUCGAAGCAUCUACAUGCAAAAACGGAAAAUGAUAAUGAAAGUAGGAGUCAGAGGAAGUGAACCAUCAUGUUUCACAUGGCCCAGAGGAGUCUGUGUGGGUCCAGAAAACACCAUUGUUGUAGCAGACAGCAGUAAUCAUCGUGUUCAGGUGUUCGACUCUAGUGGGAAGUUCUUACAAGAAUUUGGCACUUACGGAAAUACUGAGGGAGAAUUUGAUUGUCUAGCUGGCGUAGCGGUCAAUAGGAUUGGACAGUUUAUAGUAUCUGAUCGUUACAACCACAGGAUUCAAGUUUUUGACCCUUCCGGCAGAUUCUUAAGGGCUUUUGGGUGUGAAGGCCGCACCGAUGGAAGGUUCAGUUAUCCCUGGGGAAUAACUACAGAUAGCCUAGGAUUUAUCUAUGUGUGUGAUAAAGAAAAUCACAGAAUUCAGGUUUUCCAAUCAGAUGGUAGUUUUGUGGGGAAGUUUGGCUCUAUUGGAAGUCGUCCUGGUCAGUUGGAGCACCCACACUACAUAGCUGUCAGUAAUACCAAUCGUGUCAUCGUAAGUGACAGUAAUAACCACCGCAUUCAAAUAUUCGACGUGAACGGUCGCAGCUUAUCUACGUUCGGCAGUGAAGGAUCAGAGGAGGGUCAAUUCAAAUUCCCACGAGGAGUCGCUGUCGAUGACCAAGGUUACAUCAUGGUAGGGGACAGUGGGAACAAUCGAAUUCAGAUUUUCCAUCCAGAUGGUUCCUUUCUCAGAUCAUUCGGGACCUGGGGAGCCGGAGAUGGAGAGUUUAAGGGACUGGAAGGGAUAGCUGUAAUGUCAAAUGGAAACAUUUUGGUUUGUGACAGAGAAAAUCACCGUAUUCAAGUGUUUUAGAUGAGAAAUUUUUCAAGAUUGACGAAAAAUAUUCUUGCGAAGACAACGAAAAAUGUACAAAUUGUUUGUCUUUAAUUACCAAAGUUUAUUACAGCGACUGAGACUUCUACGCCAGACGCUACUUGAAUCUUCUGUUCUCGUCACCAGAUAUUUUUUUUUUUGU